AUGUCGGAGACAUUAACUCACCCACAAAUUCAAGAUGGCUGGUUUCGUGAGAAACCCACGCUUUGGCCCGGUCAAGCCAUGUGUUUAAAAGUUGAAGAAAUUUUAUGUCAUGAAAAUUCUUUGUAUCAAGAUGUCUUGGUUUUUAAAUCAGAAACGUACGGUACUGUGCUGGUGUUAGAUGGAGUAAUUCAAUGCACUGAACGUGAUGAAUUUUCAUAUCAAGAGAUGAUUACUCAUCUUCCAAUGAACAGUCAUCCAAAUCCAGAAAAAGUACUCGUAAUUGGAGGCGGGGAUGGUGGCGUACUUCGUGAAAUCGUUAAACAUAAAUCGGUUAAAGAAGUCGUCUUAUGUGAAAUCGAUGAGUCUGUCAUUCGUUUAUCAAAAAAAUAUUUACCGAAAAUGGCAAUUGGAUUUGAUGAUCCAAAAGUUAUAAUACAUAUUGGUGAUGGAUUUCCCUUUCUAGAGGAUAAAGUCAAUUCUUUCGAUGUUAUAAUUACUGAUGCUUCGGAUCCUGUUGGUCCUGCCGAAUCAUUAUUUCAGGAACGAUAUUUUGAAUUAAUGAAAAAUGCGUUACGUCCUUGUGGAAUCAUUUCAACUCAAGGCGAAUGUCAAUGGCUUCAUUUACAUUUAAUCUCAGAAGUACAAACAUAUUGUCAUAGAUUAUUCCCUGUAGUGGAAUAUGCCUUCACUACAAUUCCAACAUAUCCUUCAGGUCAAAUUGGUUUCAUGUUAUGUAGUAAUGAUCCUUCUAUUAAUUUGAAAAAACCUUUAAGGAAAUGGACGGAAGAAGAAGAAGAAAAUUUAUGUAGAUAUUAUAAUGCUCAAGUUCAUGAAGCCGCUUUUGUUUUGCCUCAAUUUACUAAAAAUGUGUUGAAAAAAAUCAUCUCAAAAUAA